AUGUCAAGCCCGAACAUGAAUAACCUGAUUUUGAUUGGCUGCCUCCUGACCUACAUAAGUGUCUUCAUUCAGGGUUUGGACACCAAGAGCGUAGGAGUUGACCUAUUUUCAUUCGUCUGCUCGAAGUAUUUGGUAGGUGCACAUCAAGCAGAAUUUUUUAGGCUUGCAACUGAGAUAUGCCCAUCUGUAAAGAGGAUGUUGAAAAUGUGGGCGUUUUCACUUGGAUUCACCCUAUCAUUUGGCGCCAUGUUCAGUAAGACGUGGAGAGUUCACGUCAUAUUCACAAACAUAGAAAUGAACAAAAAGGCAAUAAAAGACAUCCAACUAGUCCUGAUAGUGAUCCUCCUAACCCUGAUUGACCUGGCCAUCCUGAUGUCGUGGCAGAUCGUCGAUCCUCCUUUUGUGCAGUCGAAAAACAUCACGGCCACGCACGAAGUAACGAAGGAGACGGACAGUGACGUCAUCGUAUACAUUGAGUAUUGCUUCAGCCACCACAUGAACACAUUCCUCAUCGUCGUCUACCUUUAUAAAGGGCUUCUUCUGGCUGUCGGUUGUUUUCUGGCCUGGGAGACGAGAAAUGUAACGAUACCGGCUCUCAACGAUUCGAAAUAUAUCGGUAUGAGUGUCUACAUUGUUGUCAUAACCUGUAUAUCCGGAGUCCCAGUAUCUUUCCUGGUAAGUGACAAACCAGACGCCACCUACCUCAUCGUCUCCAUGUUCGUUCUAUUCAGCACCACUGUAACUCUAUGUUUAGUCUUUGGUCCUAAGAACAAACAUAAAAUCAGCACCAACAUAUACAAUCCCUUGCAUAAAACACAUGAAGACAUAAACAUAAACAAUGCCAAUAGACAUAAAAAAUUUGUAGAGAUAAGACGAGACCCGAACGGCUCGAAGAGGAGAAUCAUCAAGUCAAUCCGGAAGAUAGUGAGGACCAACUCGGUCGGAGAUUCAUACAAAAUGCAGACCAUCAACAAACUUCUGAUCGAAAACAGGCACUACAAAGAAAAGCUGGAGUUGCAAAACAAAGAGAUGAAAAAACUUGAAUGUCACAUAGGAAGGUCAUCGUCAUCGUCAACGCCGAUCACUGAUGAGCCACUCUCAUCUAUUUCAAGUGAACUUAGGCAGUCUAAACCACCGGAGCAUUCGGACGAAUCAACAUCCCAUCGUCCUUACUCGAAAACGGCAAAACAUCGGCGGAGAAGUAGCAGCAGUUGCAGAAGUAGGAAGGACACAACAACCUGCUCCAUUUUAAUUGAAUAUUCGCAUGAAGGUAACAACGAGUUCGACGGUGUCGGUGAUGCCAACAAUGAGGACAGCGGUAGAAAGGAGGUCGAUGACAACAAACAUGAAAAGCAGAGAGUGAAAAAUGGAGUGACUUUCGACGAGGAAAACAUAAGGCGGAAGAGUAGUGAACUACGACGAGAUGAGAGCCAGCCGAUUCGUUCGGAACUAGAUAAAAAUAAGUUUCAACACGAAAAAGAAGAACUGAAAGAACACAAAAAUGUUAAAAACAUGAAGCUUCCCCACUCUCGACAUAAUAAACAUCACGAACAUCUACAGCGAGGAGUACGAAACGAAGAAGAUGACGCCCAACGCCGACAGCUGAUGUUCGUCGAGCGAAAACGACACAACUACGAAAAUUAUAACUGUCACAACAUCAUUAGCAAAAACAACCUCAAAGACAACUGCCUCGUCCACAACCGCAAAAACAAUAUUCCCAAUUACAGUGAUGACAAUAACAACAUCAACUUCAUCCAAAGCUCAAAUGUUCUUUAUGACAACAUCAGCUCAAACGAAGAUAAACUCUACGAUGUAAGUGGAAACAACAGCAUCACAAAUUCAUCUUCCGAUUUUGAACUGGUCACAGAACUAAACAGCGAUGAACUGAAAAGUCUGAUAAACAAAACAAACAAAAAUUAUUCCACAUUAGUUCAAACACCUUCCUACCAAGGACUCAAGUUUCUGGCAGAACUUCAGUUGAAAGAAACCGAUAUAAUAUCCGAUAUUGUAUCCGACGACUACGAAUCCUGCCAAUCCCAUCCAUCUUUUUAA